UUGUCGUGAUGGAUACAACGGUUGUGUUUAAACUGACAGUACUGGGCAGUAUCCUUGCACCCGCUGUGGGUCAAAACUAUGGUUUCACCAACAUGGGAUUGGCGAACAGAAGAGUGCAGCCCUAUUUCGUCCGCCAGCAGGUCGCACCACAGACACCAAGAUUUAUGCCAGGUCAAGGAUUUCAAGCCAAUCCUCUUGGUAAAGCUUUUCGAGGAAAUCCUGUUGCUAUGGCAUUCGGUGGUGCCAAUCCUUUUGCAGGAAGGGGGGCUGUAAAUUCUUUCACCCUGCAACAGGGUGCACAGGUCGUUGGUAGAGGUGUUGGACGUCAAUCGCCAGCAGCAGCAGCAGCAGCAGCAGCACCAACUCCCCCAUCACAACUUUCUCAGGAUCAGAAGAAGCUGGUUGACAUGUUGGUCCAUGUGAUUUCCACGAAUCAUAAAGCAAGCCAGAAGACUCAUACAACAGAUGCUCCUGUUGCUUCAAGUAGAACUCAUUCACGGCCAGGGAAUGCAGAGCCACACAGUCAUGUUAUCGUCCACAGCCAUGGGCAGAAUCAGCAGCCUCAUGUACACGUGGCACAGCUAAGUCACAAUGGGCGUGAUCCAUUGGCACCAAAUCCCACGUUCAUCAACAGUCAGCCGACAACUGAUGUUCUUCGUUCUUCGCCUGGAUUAACUGGCACAAACCAUCCAUAUCGGCCCGCUGCUGUUCCUAAUGUUCUCAGUUCAAAUCCAACCCGACGAAACCUUCAUUCCACAGUUGCAGAAAACAAUCUGCAAAUUCCUAAUAUUUUACAGAGCGGUGUCCUGGACGUACCGCACAAACCCAGCAAUCUGCCAUUUUUCUUAACAGGCGAGAAGAAGAAAACUACCCAGCCAAGACACGUUAACUCAGCACUGCUAAAACCAACCCAUAUGUCAGUUGUGCCCAUUAGGAGACAGAUCCCCCCUCCGUCACAAGCUACACAGCCAACCAACACUGAACCAGUCACAAAACCACAAGCCUCCUCGAAGAAGGAAGAAGAUGAGGAAGGGGAGGCGGAAGAAGAGGAAGAAGAAGAACCAGAUAGAUCUCGGCCACCUUCGGUUCCUUCAGGGCAGCGUCCCAACUUCACACAACUCACACCACCUAACGGUCAAAUCCCUGCUCCCAGGCCGGUACCUGUGCGGCCAGUACCCACGACUCAGGUUCCCAUGGGCACCUCUGUCUCUGCCUCCACCCCCACCACCAUGCCGGUCCCGUCCCUCAUCCCCGGGGCAAUCAACCCAUUUGCAAACCAGCAUGUUGUGAAACUCCCAGGCCAAUAGGGGCAUUAACAGGAUAUAGUUAUACAUCGACAUUGUGGCACAUUUUGCACUUUGAAGUCGAUUCAGUAGGACUGUGAUCAUUCUGUAUAAGUGGAACUGAUUGUCAUUUUUUAAAGACACUUAUUUAAGAUCUGUCGAAGCUGUAAUCUCGGGCUUGAGAACAUCCUCCUGGCGAAUCACAGGAUCCUCCGAGGGAUAUUCCUCUUUUGGCCGACCGCCUCCGUGGUCUAGUGGUAGAGCGUCCGCCCGGAGAGCGGAAGGUCCGGGGUUCGAUCCCCGG